AACGGGAGGCGAUGAUAGGCUAGGCGGGGAGUGGAAGCGCUGGGGAAUGUUGCUGUGUCGGGUUCUUCCUGGAGUUUGCUGUUACAGAAAAGUCUCUUGGUAGCCUGCAUUUCUCGUAGACUUUUCUAAAUAGGCCACACAACACUUUUCUGUGCGUAAGCCUACCUGUCGACAGGUAAGACUUUUCAUGUAAUAAACUUGUCGACAGAUUUCUUUUAGAGAGCCACGGAGUUGAUACAUUGUUACAGUUCAGUUGGCAGGAGCAUGUGGACAUCCUGUUGUAGCUGGUCCUGUUUGGAACCUACCGCCACAGUGGAAGAAAACGGCAGCUCAUGGCGCCAGGCCUACACAAACUCGGGCAACAGCCAAUCCCCGAUCUCUCCCGAACUUUUGUGCAAGGCCUGCGGAGGCCAUUUUGACACCAUCGCUAUAAAGCAUGUCUGUGUGGACUGCAAGAAGAACUUCUGUGGCCGCUGCUCGGUGCAGCUGGAGCCGCCAUGCCCGCGCCUCUGCCACACAUGUCAGCGGUUUCACGGAACCCUCUUCGACCGCGCCCAGUUGAUGAGACUCAAGGUGCGGGAGCUGCGUGACUACCUCCACCUGCACGAGGUGCCCACCCAGACGUGCCGGGAAAAGGAGGAGCUGGUUGAGCUGGUCUUGGGCCAGCAGACCCCCAGCACCAGCAGAAGCAGUGAGACCGUGUCCUCCCAGCCUGGGGCUCACAACAAUGUCCCCUCCCCAGACACACCGUCCCCUCCCCAGACACAGGGCCCUACCAGCCCCGACACAUUGAGCCCAGAGCAGCCAGAACAAUCAGCCCCUGAGGCAGAAUCAGAGCAGAUCUCUGAUGAGGAAGAAGAAGAGGAGGAGGAGGAGGAGGAUGAGGAUGAAGAGUCAUCGGACAGCGAGGAGACCCUGAUGCCCGGCCGCAGAGCCUCUCUGUCUGACCUGAGCCGCGUGGAGGAUAUCGAGGGCCUGAGCGUGCGCCAGCUCAAGGAGAUCUUGGCCCGCAACUUUGUCAACUACAAAGGCUGCUGCGAGAAGUGGGAGCUGAUGGAGAGAGUCACCCGCCUCUACAACGACCAGAAGGACCUCCAGAACCUAGUUUCAAAUACAAAAAAUGAAGAAGACCCUGCAGCUCCCAAGAGCCAGGAGGAGAACCUCUGUCGGAUCUGCAUGGACUCUCCCAUUGACUGUGUGCUGCUGGAGUGUGGCCACAUGGUCACCUGCAGCAAGUGUGGCAAGCGCAUGAGCGAGUGCCCCAUCUGCAGACAGUACGUGGUACGGGCGGUGCACGUCUUCAGGUCCUGAUGCAUGGCCACAACGAGGGACACAGUGGAUACCAAGGACAACAUGGCAUUGCUGCCACCACUGCUCAGAGAUGGCAUAUUUUACAAGAAUACACUCCUCUGUAAUGCACACUCUCACUCAUUCAAUCAGUCUUCCUCUUGCCGGCAUUCCAGAGAAAUAACCUGCCUCCACUGUUCUGGGUUCUCUGUUUUUCUACUCCACCUGAACCUAUUGUUUCUACACUUUCAGCAUUUUACAAGACCUCAAUAUUUCAGUACUAUAACUUUGUUGUUCAAAAGAGUUAGGUAUCAUGUAUUCACAUUGGUGCCAGUCAGACACCAAACUAUAUUGGCACUUUGCAUGGGAGGGCAGCAUUACCUUUUCAAAUUCUAAGGUUAUUGGGUAGAGAUCAUGUUUAUUUCAACCCCACACACAGGCAAGGUUAUAUUGCAUUUUUCUGUCUUUGCAUUUGUGUGUAUGGGGAAACAACUGAGUUCCAUAGCUGAGAAACACAGGGCCUUACUAGAGAGGGCAUCGACUAACAAGCAAUGAAUAUAAAAAACGUAUUUGUUCUAGCAAUGAAUGAAAUGCUGAAUCUUGGUAAGAGAGGGAACAUGUUAGGCUACUCUGUUAUGCAUAUCAAUAGCAAAACAGAGUGGCCAGAAUGGUGCUAUUUGACUAGUGAUUAACAACACUUGUAACAAAACAGAGUGGCCAGAAUGGUGCUAUUUGACUAGUGAUUAACAACACUCGUAACAACACAGAAUGGCCAAAAUGGUGCUAUUUGACCAAUGGAAGCAACACUCAGGGCCCCAUUUUGACAGUGCAAGUAAGCGGUGUGUGUCGAGACCAAAAUAUCCAAAACCGUUUAUUUCAAACCUUAUCGCCCCAAGCAAGGCUUGGAUAUGAACGUGCUAAUAUUUGAUGCAUGCAAUGCAGUAGUUGUGAAAUUGGUGCAUUAAGUGCAGCACGGAGUACUUGAAGUGGUAAGGUCUGUUUUGCGCCCUCCAAUUGUCACACUUAAAGUUCAGUACCUGCAAACCAGCUGUUCUGUUAAUUGGUUUUGUGGUACAGAGAGCUAUCUUUAGGUUGCAGUGCACUUGCUAAGCAUAGAACCCAGGCCUUAUCUGUCUUAUUGGCGAUCCUUCAGACACAUCUGUGUGGUGGUUGAACAUAGCAUCUUAGGAGUGGAAACAGCCCUUUAAACACAAGAGUCUGCUUGUAGCUCACUGAAAGUACUUGAGGGUCAAGGAGGGGAUAAUGCUUGGCUUCAUUCGCCCUUUUAUGGUCAAAUUACCCUUUUAACUUGCAGAUAUUGUAUCAAAACUGGAACAGAACACACAUUGACUUGACGGUAAUAGUUAAUAGUUCUUUAAAUGAGCCACAAUGGGGAUUUUUUUCUGAAAUGUAAACCCUACACAGUAGAUAUGCAGUUUCUUUUUUAUUCUCUGCGGGUCAUAAAUUGUUUGAAGUUGGUUCCAUGACCUUACCCCAAAUGAGUUUUGGGGUAAAGAGAACUGACCUCGUUAGCAGAAUGUCUCCAUUCCAAGGCUCUCACCACCUCUCUCUUAUCAGCAAGUGCCCCAGAACAGAGUGCUCAUUAACUUAGCUGACGUAGUGCACUGAAUACACUCAUUUCCUAAUGAUGAGUUGAUUAAAUGUAUCUACUAGUUAAAAAGAAAAAAUCUGUUUUCUGCGAAUUUACUUUGUUUGUGGGGAUGUUUUAAAAGCUAGAAUUGAUCAUUGAAACAAUAACAAAGAGCCACCCCGCCUCUGUUUCAGUAUAAAGCUGAGGGAUGGACAUGGAGAAAUGUAACCACUCUCAGAUUCAGAGACAGAGCUAAGGACUGACCAUCCAUGAUAUCAAAGUUAUAGUUUUAACCAUGUUUUAAGGCUAUACAGUGUUUGUUUAGAUUUACAUUGUUUAUACACAUUGAAGUAAAACAAGCUUAUAUUUUGGAUUCUCAUGGGGUAUGACGAGUUAAACUACGCUCAUGAGGUAUUUAUACGUUAUAAUCUUCAAGAAUCAAUGGGUAUAUAUCAUUCAUUAAAUGGAUGUAGCAACUAAGGAUUCUAGCUUUAAGGAGGAUCUUGGUUAAUUCUAUUCCAACUCUAGGCAAUUCGGUAAAUGGAUUGAGAUUGAAUUUAUAUGAAAUUAGAGGCAAUUUUACUACAGUGCAUUUCUCAAAUUGCCUGGAAUGGAAAUGGUUUGGCAGCCCUCUGCAACUUUUUAUGGAACAUGUUUUAAAAUUAUAGAGAAACAUAAUGGUUUGCAUUUAAAUGGUCUUUCUACUGUAUAUCUUGUUUUAUAGCUAAUGAAUGUACCAUAAAACUGAUCAUGAGGAAAAUGCACUUAUACUAAUUAAUGUGUCUGUUUUAGGGAAUGCGUAUCCACUGGGAUAGACUCCGUUUAUCCCAGAUACUUGGUCUGCCUGAACUGAAUGUAACUGGUUUAAGUUGUUUACAAUAACAAAACCAUUUCUUACUGUGACUGCCAAAUUGCCAAUAUCGCAAAUAGAUUUUACACUAGUCCGUUUAAUAUGUCUUUUGUCAAUAACUAUGCUAAUAUCAUGCAAGAACAAUAUGAAUCAUCUCAUGUAGUUUGUAGAGAGCAGGUGUAACAAGAUAUGUCAGUGUCGUGAGACUAGAUCUGGAUCUUUUCACAAACAUCUCGUCACCCAUCUUGUUUUUAUCCUGGACAUCAGUUUAUACAAGCCAGGCCGUCAGUCAAGUCAGUUCUCUCUGAGGAGUGUUUUCUGUGCAUGUGAAAACGUGUGUAUACAUUUAACAAAACCCAACCCAAGAUCUAAACAUUCCAAACAGUAGAAUGUACCUUAACAGAACACUCUUCAACAAAGAAAGCUAAUAUUUUCCACAUAUACUAUAGCCCAUGUACAUGUGUAAUGCUCAUUGAGGACCUGAUUUAAAGGCAAGGUCUGAUAGAGGUUCAGUGCAGAUGUGUUUGAUCUCUAUCAAAUAAUUUCCAGGUAACAAUUAAGUACCUGACUGAUUGUUUUCAUUUAAAAUGGUCUAAAAUAAAUAAAAAUAGCUUUUUAGCAAAGAGCAAUUUCUCAAGCAAGAAUUUUGCUAGGACUCUGGGAGAGGUAUGAGUGGGUAGGGGAAAACUGAAAAUGUUAUUAUUGGCAGAGGUUUGGAACUUAACUAAUUUACCCCAUGGUGAUGACACCAUGGAAGGCCAAAACUCCCACCAAAACAGGCUAAAACUUCCGGCGGUUUUUUCAGACAGCUCUUACACUAAAAGGGUUAUAAUUUUCACACAGUAUUAUUCCAACCUCAUUGUGGAAAUUCGUAUAUAUAAAACAAAGGAAUAUCAUGUUUUUGACUGCACUGGGCCUUUAAUAACAGUAUAUGAACUGUGUAGCAGAUAACUAAUUAGAAUAUUUCAAGAAAUGUCUUCUAAAUAUUGCCUUCUUCCUGAUGGUAUUUCAAUGGCUUUAAAAGGCACAAGAUAAAACCUUAAUGUCAUGCGUGUGUGGGAUGUUGGUGUCCCUAGUCUGCCACGAGAGUCCUGUAGUUCUUAUUGCUGUCUGAGGACCUAGAUAUUAAUAUCAAUUUGUUAUUGGGGACUUUAAAAUGGAGGUGUUUUGGUAUUUGGAAGACUAAUCAAUCUACUAUUGUGAAAUGUUGGAUGUGUUUAGAAAAAUCAGACAAUCUAUCAUAUCCGUGAUUCUUUAACAGUGAGUUAUAAUUUUGGCAAAUGCCUUGCUAUGGAGAGUUGUGCUAAAGGUGAUUAACAACACCUCCACUAGUUAUUAGAUAAGAACAAGGAAAUUAGUCUGCACUAUCCCAACCCAGGGGGGAAAAGGGUCAUUAUUAGCAUAUGAAGUUCAACUUUAAUGGAAAGAUUUGCAUGUGUUUUUUUGGGGGGGGGGGAAGGAAGACUGCUCUGACAAAAGGCAGUUUGAAAACACUUGGAAUGACUCAUAACUGUAUGUGUGGAGAAUUAUUUGUGUUUCGUAUACUCUGAUGAUUUAACUUUGUUCAACAACUGUGAAAUUGUAUAUACUAAUCCCAUGCGACAGUAUCAUUUUAAAUAUUAUUGAGCGUGUUGUACAUUUGUCAAAUUACUAGCAUGGACUAUUGCCUUUGUUGUAGUUGAAAUAUGUAUUCAGUAGUAUUGGCUAAAUGAGCUAAAUGCUGGAUCAGUUCUUAACUACAAUGGAAGCUAAUAGGAUUUAUAAAUCAGAAAAACCUAUAUUUUUGAAAAUGUAUUAAACAUAUUGAUGUUCUUGUGCAUAUAUUUUGUUGGACAUUUUUUAUAUUGAUAAAAAUAUAAUAAAGUACCCCAACAGAC